UAAACAUGCAUUAAAACAUGCACAGCACACAGCAAUGCACGGGCCAUGAAUGUAGUAUUAAGCAUCCUGCAUAAUGCUCCAAUUUGUAAAUCACGCACAAUGCGCAUAGGUUUUGAAUUUCUUUUUAUUGGAUUAUUAAUUGUAAGAAAAACAUUUUGUACGGAACCAUGCAAACCAAAAAUUGCAAUAGUAGGAGCAGGGAUUGGUGGUGCUUCAGCAUCCCAUUUUUUGACAGAAUUAUUCGUCAAACACUUGGAAAUCGAUAUCUACGAAGUUGAUAAGAUUGGUGGUCGCCUUGCAACGAUAGCAGUUGGGAAGAAUGAAUAUGAAGCUGGAGGUUCCAUAAUUCAUUCUCGAAAUCGAUACAUGAAUGAUUUCCUACAGUUGCUUGGUAUGGAACGUAGACCAUUUAUGGAGAACCAGAGAUUCGGUAUAUGGAAUGGUGACGCAUUUGUCUUUGAAGAAAGUAACUCGGAGAUUAUAAGUCUCCUAAAAUUAUUUUACAGAUAUGGUUUCGAUCCACUUCGUCUUCAGAGGCAUGUGAAUAGUGUGUUAGAGAAUUUUGAAAAUAUCUAUGAGCUACAAGACCAUGGAAAAGCCUUUGAAAAUGUGACUGGAUUAAUGUUUGCCAUAAAUAAGGACUUUCCUGAAAUGUUACAAGUCUCCACAAAACAAUAUCUCUUAAAUUUAGGUUUUUCGUCAAAAUUGAUUGAUGAACUAGUCGAAACAACCAUUGUUGUUAAUUAUGGACAAAAUACUGAUAUUCACGGUUUUGUUGGAUGUGUUUCUGUAGCUGGUGCAGGAGCUAACCUUUGGGCAGUCAAAGGAGGAAAUAAAGAAAUUCCUGAACAUCUUAUCUAUAGAAAUGGGAAGAUAAACUUAAUACCUUCUCAAGUAAAGAAGAUUCGCUGUAUUUCACAGCAGAAUGUAUCAGUACAGUAUGAAAUUAUUUAUGGUAAUGGUACAUUGAUGUCCAAUUUUUAUGAUAUUGUCAUUAUUGCAACUCCAUUAACAUAUGAUCAGAAAUACCCAAUUUCCUUUGAGGGUUUUCCAGAACAAUUUAAGUUCAAAGGAGAUUAUCAAGUAACAAUGGCAACUUUUGUUGAAGGAAAUACAAAUCCGCAGCACUUUGGCUUGGAAGAAUCAUUAGAUGGCAUAUUAAGUUGUAAUCCUAACAAAACAAUAAUUAACUCAAUUAGUAGAUUAUUUCCUGUCCAAGGUUCUGCAGAGAACAUAUCAAGAGUGUGGAAAAUUUUUAGUAAAGAAGUUUUGAAAUCACAUUUAUUAAAUGACAUGUUUCUACAAGUUAAUCAAGUGAAAGAAGUCAGAUGGAAAGCAUACCCACGAUACAGUACAAACAUACGACAUGAUAAGUUUAAACUUCAUGAUUUUCUUUAUCAUGUUAAUGCAAUUGAAUGGGUUGCAAGUGCUAUGGAGAUGAGUGCUAUAGGUGGGAGGAAUGUCGCCAAUUUAGCAUUUAACGACUACCGUAAAAAAUGUUUGUUGUCAAAACAAAAUGACUUUGAUCGCAGUAUACCUCAAACCACAUGUUCGUCAGAGUUAUGACAUUCGUAUUAACUUGUAUAUUCAUUAUUUUUAGUACAAUCUAUUAUAUAUGUAUCAUACAAAAUGAAGCUAUUGACUUACAAGAUAUUGAUGUAUAAAACUAGGGAUACUACGGUUUCCGUGGCGCUAAGGUUUGACAUUUGAUUAUGAUCGUGUUUGAUAUGAACAAACAUCAUUUCAGAAGAAAAGCUGAUAUCUCAAUUAGUUUGGAAGAUAUUAAUUAUUUUCUUUGAUAUUAGAUAUUUUCGACUAAAUCCUUUAUAUCUAAAAAACUAUGCAAGAUAUGAUAAACAUGCAUAUCAUCUUUCUUAUAGGAAAUCACAUUUUCUAUCGAAAAUGUUAGAUGAAAUUUUAUUUUAUCUCGCACAGUAUUCGAGAUAUUUAAAAAAAUUAAAAUAUCUAAAAUCAAAGAAAAUAAUGAAUAUCUCCCAAACUAAUUGAAAUAUCCAUUUUUUCUUUCAGAUGAUAUUUGUUCAUAUAAUACACAACCAUAAUCAAGUGUCAAACCUUGGCGCCACGGAAACCGUAAUCUUGUUCAAUAAUCAGAUUUUUCAUGGAAAUAAAGUCUGGACUUUAGAGCGUAAGUAAAUGAAAAAUCAAAUAAAGGAGGAACC